AUGGCAUUUACGUUGUCAGUCUAUUGGACAUGUAGAUACUGGACAACACUGGAGCUGGACCUUAACUCUGUCGAGAGACUAAUUGAGUAUCUCGAUGUCCCGCAGGAACCUCCAGCGAUUAUAGAAACAAAAAGGGCACCUGCAUAUUGGCCGUCGUACUCCAGCAACAAUGACCUACUUGUUGUAGAGAACUUAGAAGUCAAAUAUGCACCAGAGCUUCCCUCUGUGAUUAAUGAUGUAUCCUUUUCGUUGAAAGCCGGUGAACGUAUUGGCUUGCUUGGGAGAACCGGUAGUGGAAAGUCGACUUUGGCUACCAGCCUUAUGAGAUUUGUUGAACCUACUAAUGGCAGCAUUACAAUCGACGGAAUUGACAUUUCGACCAUCGGUGUCUACGAUCUACGUUCCAAAAUUGACGCGACACUUUUCUCAGGGACCUUGAGAGAAAACCUUGAUCCAUUUGGUGACCAUAGCGACGGGGAAUGUACAGAGGCACUGCGUCGUGUGCGCAUGUUUGCGGACGACACACCUCAAACUCAAAGUAUCAGACCGUCUCGUACCCCCUCCAGGGCGUCUUCAAUGCACAGUGAACACUUCUCCACCGCGACUACUAACAUCGACAGCAAACCGAACAUCUCUCUCGACGCUCAGGUGUCGGCGGGAGGAACUAAUUUCUCUCAGGGUCAAAGACAGCUAAUUGCAAUGGCCCGGGCACUUAUUCGUCGAAGCCCAAUCAUCAUCUUCGAUGAGGCAACGAGCAGUAUAGAUUUUGAGACAGAUUCAAUCAUACAAGCUACGAUCAGAGAAGAGUUUUCGGGAUCCCUUCUUCUCACAGUUGCUCAUCGCCUUCGGACAAUCAUCGAUUACGACAGACUCAUCAUAUUAGAUAAGGGAAAGAUCGUCGAAUUCGACACUCCUUGGAAUUUGAUACAAAAGGAAGAUGGCGUAUUCAGAAGCAUGUGCAUGAAAACUGGUACUUUCUCUGAGCUAGAAGAUGCUGCCAAGGCUGCCUCGCUAACUUAA